AUGGCUGAAACAGAAAAUUCUGAAUAUUUACAGAGAAAUAUUGAUUUCUUGAACACUAAUAAUGCAUUAAAGAAUGAUAAGGAAGAUUUAAUAAAAAAAAAUAAAGAAUUAAAAGAACAAAAUAAAACAGAAAUAGAUAAAUUAAACAAAGAAAUAGAAAAAAUUAAAAAAACAAACGAUGCUUUAAAAGUAUUGUUACAGGAAAUGCAGGAUGAAAAUAGUUACUAUAAGAAUUGUGAUUUUAUUGAUAAGACAUUUGAUAAUCAUUUU